AUGGCUCAUCCUAGCGAUGCGGCCAAGGAGCCGUUCAUGCAGUCUGACCAUCAGCGGCAGCGGCUGAACCACCAGGCCUCCAAUGUCUCGGCGCUCACCAUUGUCACGGCGAGCCUAUACGAUGGGCCGGCUGAGCAGCAGUCACGGCUGCAUGCGCGCGAAUCCCUCGUCUCUCUCGACUCUCGGCUCACCUACGCCGGAAACGAUGACGACGGAAACUAUACACGGCAGGGCGUCCCCUCGUCCUGGACGGUAUCGUUCCCUUACCCUGGGGCGCCGACGACGUGCAGUCGCGUGCCGCCUUCCCCGGGGGUGGGCGACGGCAAACGAAGUUUGCCGGCCAGAGCGCUGUCCAGAGUAGGUCGCAGGGCGUCGUCGAGGCGGCAUAGCCUCCGCCACCGACCGACGCAGGAGGCCAUCGACGAGGAGGAAUACGACCUGUCCCUGCUUGCAAGUGCUGAGCCCGUGGACGGUGCGUACGAGACGAUCCGCGAGCAGGAUGAGCACGACGACCAGGUGCCGUCGACGCCGACGGUGUUCGACGUCGGCAACGCCCUGGGCCCGAUGGGCGCCCAGGACAACGAGUUCCUGCGCAAGCUGUGGGAGCAGGAGUCCAGCGGACAUCUGACGGGCGGGAUAGGGCAAGGGUUCCGGGCCGAGUCGAGGCUGCGCGAUGCCGACAUCCUGUCGUCGCCGACGGCCGUGCAGCGCAGCCUGUCGCGUUCCUUCUCGAGGCAUCUCUCGGCGGGGGAUCGUGUGGGACGGAGGCAGGUGAUCAGCAGCAUCGGCCAGGAGGAGGCCAACAGGCGCGGCGAGGUGAUUGAGGUGAUGCACGAGGGGACCGGGACACCGGCGGCGGCGGCAGCAGAGAGCAUUGCCGAUCUGAGCACUCUGGGGGGGCCGGACCACAUCGUACCGGACGAGGCGCGGUCGCGGUCGCGGACCGUGAGCACGGGCGGGCCGUCGCCGAACCGCAGCAGCACGGAGCUCUUCUACCCGCAGCCCAACUGGAAGCCGGUGUCGAUGCGGUGGCCGUACCUGCUCCUGCUGGUGGUGCUGUCGGUGGGGCUGGGGGCAAUGCAGGAGCUGCUCUUCCGGACGUACGACGGGGACAGGCCGCUCGUGCGAUUCGUAUCGCCGGGCGACGUCGAACCUGGGACGUACUUCCUGGUCAAGUUCGGGCCGACGAUAGCGGCCGUGUUUUUCGGGGUGCUGUGGCAGUUCACCGACUUCGAGGUGCGGCGGUUCGAGGCGUACUAUCAGAUGUCGCGGCCGGGUGGCGCGCUGGCGGCGGAGUCGAUCAACGUCGACUACAUGACGAGCUUCAGCCUGCUGCGGCCGGUGGGGGCGCUGCGGGUCGGCCACUACGCGGUGGCGCUGUCGUCGCUGGCGACGACGCUGGCGGCGUCGCUGGUGCCGACGUUUGCGGCGGCGUCGCUGGUGCUGACGCCGGACCGUCACCAGAGGGCGGCGGACCUGGACCGGGUGAAGGAGAUACGCAUCUCGGGCGUCUUCUCGCGGCUGCUGACUAGCACGCUGUGCGUGUGUGCGGCGAGCGGGGCCGGGCUGCUGUGGCUGCUGCAGCGCCGGCGGUCUGGGCUGGCGGGCGACGUCCGCGGCAUCGCGGGGCUGGCAUCCAUGGCCGUCGUGUCGCACAUGCUCAUGGACUUCCGCGACCUGGACACGGCCAACCCGGAGGACGUGCACCACAGACUCAAGGGCCACCGGUACAUUCUACGCAACUCGUCGCUCGCACCCGACGACGAGAACCCGCCGUCGACGGCGGAGCGCAACAAGUACACCGAGAGCCACCUCCCGGGCAACCCGCACCCGCUGAUGCUGCGGCCGGCGGGGGGGCUGCCGUUCAUCGCGUCCCUGCUGGCCUUUAUGGGCUUCAUCCCGCUAUUCCUCUUCACGGCCGCCGACGUCGUGACCGACAAGGCCUCGUGGGUGGUGACGGCCCUGGCCGUCGCCCUCAAGCUGGCCUGGGGCAGCCUCGAGACGGCCGUGCGGAUGAUGGAGCCCUACUACAUCCUGUCGCGGCGGCACGCGCCCUCCAAGACGCUCACACUCGACUACACGGCCCUACCCUUCGGGUACAUGCCGAUGCGGGCCCUGUUCAACGGGCACGUGCUCGUCUUCCUCGUCGGCUUCGGCACCGUCAUGGCGGAGUUCCUGACCAUCCUGGUCACCGGGCUGGCGUCGGUGGACGGGCGAGACUUUCUCAUGAGCCAGGACGAGCUCCAUAGCCACGCCGAUCAGCAGCGCCGGACCCGUGACGGUGACGGCGACGGUGGGACCGCCGUCGGGAGGAGGGACCACGCCGAUGAGGAUCUGGACAUUGUCGGGUCCGGCCAGGAGACCCUCCAGUCGUUCUACGUCUCCUUCGGGCUGGCCAUGUUCAUCCUGCUGUACAUGACCGGCGUGGCGACGACGGUCUUCCUGAGACGCAGGCACCCCUUCCUGCCGCGGCAGCCCAACACGAUCGCGUCCGUGCUGGCGUUUAUACACCAGAGCAAGAUGCUGUACAGCUUCGUGGGCACGGCCAAGAUCAGCCGGAGGGAGCUGGUGCAGAGGCUGGCGGCGCAGGAGGCUACGUACGGGCUUGGGUGGUUCAUAGGCCGCGACGGUCAGGUCCACUGCGGUGUGGACCGGGAGGAGCUCAGGAGUGACUAUAAGCAUGGGGUCGAUGUAUCUAUGGGGGUGCAACCUUGGACUUCGAAAUGGGAUCAGCUGUGA